AAACUCCCUUUCCUUCUCAUCUGCCUCCUGUCCUGAGUCAUCUUGUGGGUGUCUGCGACUCAGCCGGGGGAGGAACCGGCUACGGAGAAGAAGGCCUGAUCCGCAGGGAGCUUUACUGGUCCAACCAGACUGGGGAGACCUUGGAAACACGGCUGGAGCUUCUCAGCAGCUCUCCAGAGGGGCGGGAUCCUCGCCACAAGCCCCUCCUCACGUGGAAACCAAUAAUUAGAAUCCUACCUGGGCAGGAACCCGGCAGAUUCUACCAGUGGGUGUCUGACCAGGUGUGCUUGCUUGCUGUCAGAUCGAGCCUGCCUUUCAUCUGACAGUUUGGGGGAAGAGAGGGCUCAGGCAUCGGCUCACCUUGCGUGCCUUAAGGUAGCCUCAGGUGAUCCAGAGAAGCUGCGUACCUGCGGAACCUGUGGAAGAUGUUCUGGCUCUUUGCCCUGCCUCUCCUGGCCUCUGGGGUGCAGGUUGGGGGUGUCCCCGCAGGUCUGAAAGCUCAAGUGAACCCAAAGGCGCUGGAAUAUGGAAAGCAGUUUGGGCUGCGCAUGGUCAAUUCAAUGCUGAAAAAGGAUGCCAUUCCAGAUAUUCAUGGGUCCCAGGACGUGCCGCUUCUGGGGGACGUUCAAUACUCUGUAACGGGGAUCCAGAUUCACCAACUUCAACUAGACGACUCAGCCAUCAGCUUUUCCAAGGGGCUGGGUGUGAAUCUUACCAUCCAAAACGGCCAAGUCUCGCUCAGCGGCAACUGGAAGCUGAGAACUGUGUUCGGGCCUGACGGAGGCACCGUUGACAUCACUGUACAGCCGCUGUCCCUCUCCACCCUCCUCGUGGUUGGCAAGGAGGGCCGGGGACGGCCUCUGGUGCGGGUUUCCCGCUGCCGCGCCAACGUUGAGGACCUGGUCGUAAAAUUCCACGGGGGAAACAGCUUCCUUCCUGCAGCGCUGCAGCUGGAACCAAAGGACCCCCGACUGCUCUCAGCUAGCAGCCCAUCAAAACCUCUCUGUUUAGUCAGCUCCUUCUUGGCUGCCUACGGGUGA